UACAGGCUCAUUGCCCCAUCAAUAAUCCAUACUACUUGCAGAAUAUAGUUUCAGAAGACGGAGGACACAUAAUUCCAAUUUCGACAUCCACUGCAUCGUGCGCUAGGGUUUAAGCGAAAUAAGUUUGAUUCUGGAUUCGAAAUUCUGUUCUGAAAGAGGAAAGAAGCAGUGUUUCUUUUUGAGUGGAAAAUCAGAAUUGGAAAGCUACCUAAUUUUCUGGGAAAAGAUGCUGCAGAUUAGGCUUAGCAAGCCAGCUAGUGAAACUGGUACAAGUACAAAGCCUGUGCAUGUGGACACUGUCACAGUUGCGUGCCCUGAUCAUCUUGUCUUAGCUGAUCUUCCUGUAGCCAAGGGUCUGGGUUCAGCCAGUGCGACUGCUGUCAUUAAGACUGUUGGCCGCAGGUCCCGGCGCCAGCUUGGCGAGCGGGUUCAUUUUUGUGUUCGGUGUGACUUCCCUAUCGCUAUCUAUGGGCGUCUGAGCCCCUGUGAGCAUGCCUUCUGUUUGGACUGUGCUAGAAGUGAUUCUCUUUGCUACCUCUGUGAUGAACGCAUUCAGAAGAUUCAGACAAUCAAAAUGAUGGAAGGAAUCUUUAUUUGUGCAGCCCCUCACUGUCUCAAGUCUUUCUUGAAGAAAAGUGAAUUUGAGUCACAUAUUAAUGAAACACAUGCUGACCUUCUUUAUCCUAAUAAGGAAAAAGAAGGAAAUGAGUCGGAGGCUAUAAGUGCCAGGAAACCAUCAGGCUCAGAUUCCACAGUUCAAGCACCCCCAAGGCCAGUAUUUUCGCCUAGCUCAAAUUCUCAGGUUCCUGAUCGUGAAAACAAAACCCAGCGUCCCCAAUCCAGAGACCAGCCACCUACAAGAACUGUCAUGCAGCCGAGGCCUGUGCCACCUUUUUCUGGACAAACUCCAAAUCAUCCAUCUGAGCAACACCCUGACAGUAAUCAACCUCAUGUCUUUGAUGGAGCUGCUUCCCAGAACCGCUUUCCUCACCAAAGUUUUGACCCCCAGGGCCAGGGUGGUCUACAACAAGAUUCAGGUCUGGCUCCUCCUCAACUUGGUUAUGCUCCUUAUGCAUCUGGUGGAACACAACAGUUCUUUGGUCCUCCAUAUGAGAUGGCAAGGCCCGAUUCUACACCAGAAGCUGGAUCAGGACAUGGUUCGUUGUUAGGCUUCCCCCCAGGUCCUGCUGGACCCAUGAAUUUUCCACAAAAUUAUCCCCAGCCAUGGAACAUGGGACCAGCUCCCGUGCCUCUGGAACCUCCUCUGGUGUCUCAAGGAACAACAGAUGGCUUUAUGAGUGUUGACCCUCAAGGAAGAGGUUUCUUUCAGGGUGACUAUGGACAAAAUGUGGGGAUUUUGCCUUCAAAUCUACCUCCGCCUGCAGCAAAUAUGGGUGUGGAACAGAGGCAGGGUGGAAACUUUGUGGACCCAAGGGACGGAAAAGGAAUAUUGGCAGCACAACCCUUACCUCUUCCUCCACCACCUCCUAUACCUCCUCCUCACUUGACACAGCUUCAACGAGGCAGAUCAUACUCUGGUGAUGGGAAUCAUGAUGCACCACCAGGCUUCGGUUGGCAGCCUGAGACGUGAUUGCUUUGAAGGUGUCCAGGAGUAGUCUGACUUUCGAGUGACCAAUUGAUGUUUCAGUAAUCGAUACUGUAAUUGAAGAAAUAACAUUGUUAAGUGAAGUAAUUCUUGUUGAUAUUAGGAAGCUGAACUAAAUUGUAUCUUGGAUGAAUUUUGUGUUAUAUUAAACCCACACUGUCUGCAUUCUCUUAGCUGUGGCGAUUGAAGGUAGUCCCUUCGUUACUGUUAUGUUGUCCAGCGCUUGAUGAGAAGGAAGAUAAUUUGCCAAAUA